AUGAUAGAAGAACGGAGUUCGCCAAGUUGGGAAUCGCAAUGGAGUUCUCCAGCGAGCAAAGUGAGAGAAUCGUUACAAAAGACCAAAGCAGAAGAAAUUCUACGAGACAAAGGUGACUACGAGGAAUUGAAGAGAAAGGGUGUUUCUUUAUCGCCACUUGAGAAGGAAGAUACUCGUCAAGAUUUUGAGAAAGAGAACACUCAAACAGAUUUGGGAGUUAUUGAUGUGCUAGUUGAGGAAGAAGUAAGUGAGAAUAUUGAGGUCGAGUCCAAGGGGAGAGAAAAUUGCAAAUCCACGCCACCAAUUAAAGAAAAAGAAGGUUCGGAUUCGAGGGCGAAUCCUUUUGAAGAGGUGGAGAAUGAUAUGAUCCAGCCAUGCAUCGAAGUUACUGCUGAACUAACCGGAGUACAAACUCCAAUUGUGCAUGCUAAUGAAGUUGGUGAUGCAAUACACGAAGAUUGUCUUGUUCCUACACAGUGCGAUGAAGGUGUAUAUUCGAGUUUAAUUAUUGAUGGAGUUAGUUGUACUAAUGUGACUAGCUGUUUGGAGUAUUCUAGAACAUAUGAGCUACAAUUGUUUGAACAUGAUCAUGAAAUAUGGUUUCUAUUGCUGGGUUUCAGGUGUUGUAGUCAGCAUUUUCUUCAAUCCUUGAAAGCUGGCUUCACACUUCUCCUUCCACUCAAAUUGUCCCUCUUUUAUGUUAAUUUGGUUUAA